UUUUACUUUUUAAUUACCAUAAUAUAUAUGUGUAGAUAUAUAAUUACAAUAUUGAUUUUACGAUUUUUUUCUUUAUAAAGUAUGAUGUAUAUUUGAGCUGUGUCACGACAAAACCAACAUAAUGGGUUUGCUUACAAACCUUUUAACACCGUCUGAACCAUUCUGAUCAUGGGCAGCACGGACGAUAAUGUUCCUGCUUUUGGAGUAGAAAUAAGAAAGGAAUUUAUGUUACGUGAAAACAGUGUUUUCUUAAACCAUGGUUCGUACGGAAGUAUGCCGAGAUGUGUCCAUGAGAGACAAGUUAGAUAUCUAGCAGAGCUCGAGUCUCACCCGGAUAUAUGGUUCAGAUAUAACAUGUAUAAAUACUUGGCUAACUCAAGGUCAAAGGUCGCUGAAUUCAUGGGUGUACAAGCUGACGACACGUUUCUUCUACAAAAUGUCACAAAAGCAAUCAAUACGGUGAUGAAAACAUUUCCCCUAAAAAGUGGGCAGGCGUACCUGAUUACGUCAUUAACGUACGGUGCUGUUCAAGUGACGUCACAUUCAACUGUUUCUAGAGUUGAAGGAGCAAAAAUAGAGAAAAUGAACAUCCCAUUCCCGAUCACAAGCGAUGAUUCUAUAGUUGAGACGUAUGAAGACUUUUUAACGAAACACCCGGAUGUUAAACUUGCUGUUAUAGAUCAUAUAACCAGUCCAACGUCUGUUAUCAUGCCAGUGAAACGUAUCACCGAGGUGUGUCACAAACACGGUGUUGUUGUUGUCGUGGAUGCCGCUCAUGUUCCGGGUCAACUUAAAGUUGAUAUACAAGACAUUGAUGCUGACUUUUAUACGGGUAAUCUUCACAAAUGGGUUUUCUGUCCAAGAUCGUGCGCAUUUAUAUGGAUGAACCCGAAACGCCACCAUACAUGGUUUAAACCCCUUGUAACAUCAGCGUUUGACAAUGACUCUUUACACGACGGAUUUGCUUAUGAAGGUACAAAAGAUGAUACUCCAUACCUGUGUACUACUGACGGAAUUGCCUACUAUAACCGAAUUGGCGGAAUGGACAAAAUUGUUCAGCAUAACUCAACAUUGGUUACCAAAGGGCUUGCAUAUUUAGAGGAAAAGUGGAAAACAAAGCGUCUGGCGAUCCCUGAGCACAUGGAGGCACCUUGUCUACGUAUACUACAUCUGCCAUUUAUACCUGGAUUUUCUGACCGUUUGGGUGAUGAAUGUACAGAUGUAUUUAAAGGAAAGGUAAAUUUAGAACUUCAGAAGCUGAUUCUGGAUCAGUUUGAUGUACAGAUCGCGGUUGUAAUCAUAGAAGGGCACUUAAUGAUCAGAGUAGCAGCACAGGUUUACAAUACCAUGGAAGAUUUCAUAAAAUUAGGCGAAGCUGUUUUAGUACUUUCUAAACAGAAGAAAUAAAUUUUCAUUUUUUAAAAUUUAUUUUUUAAAUCUAUUUAUUUUCGGUGGGAUAAACUUUAUUUAGAAACUAACUAAAGUGUUGUUAUCCCUGAAGCACGAAGUAAUAAAACAUAAUGUAUA